CCCCCUACACCUCUCCUCUCAUCUCUUUCUUCUCACUUCACAGAAGAAGAAGAAGAAAAAAUAUCUAAUACCAUUACCACCACAGUUUCCCCUCUCUCUCUCUCUCUAGAAAACCCACAAAGCAAAGCAGAAGGAAUGGAAAGAAAGCCACAGUAACCCCAAAAAAAAAUCCCUCUUCCUUCCUUCCUUCCAUCCUCUUCCUUUUCCUCAACCCUAGAGGCGAAAUUUUAAUCAUGAGCCAGCAGCAGCAGCAGCAGCAGCAGGUGGAGGAGUCGCUCCGGUCGCUGUCGCUGGACUACCUGAACCUCCUCAUCAACGGCCAGGCCUUCUCCGACGUCACCUUCAGCGUCGAGGGCCGCCUCGUCCACGCCCACCGCUGCAUCCUCGCCGCCCGCUCCCUCUUCUUCCGCAAAUUCUUCUGCUCCUCCUCCUCCCAACAACAGCCCGACUCCCCUUCCUCCUCCGGGUCCGGACCCGACCCGGCCUCCCCGAGACACGUGGCGGCCGGGAUCGGCGGGGCGGGAUCCCCUACGGGCGGGACCAGGCAGGGCGGCGUGAUCCCCGUCAACUCCGUCGGCUACGAGGUCUUCUUGCUCAUGCUCCAGUUCUUGUACAGCGGGCAGGUCUCGAUUGUCCCGCAGAAGCACGAGCCCAGGCCCAAUUGCGGGGAAAGAGGCUGCUGGCACACCCAUUGCACCUCCGCCGUCGAUCUCGCCCUCGACACCCUAUCCGCCGCCCGAUACUUCGGCGUCGAGCAGCUCGCAUUGCUCACCCAGAAACAAUUGGCGUCGACGGUGGAGAAGGCGUCGAUCGAAGACGUGAUGAAGGUCCUCAUCGCAUCAAGGAAGCAGGAAAUGCACCAGCUUUGGACCACGUGCUCCCACCUCGUCGCCAAGUCGGGCCUCCCGCCGGAGAUCCUCGCCAAGCACCUCCCCAUCGACGUCGUCGCCAAGAUCGAGGAGAUCCGACUCAAAUCCUCCAUCGCCGCCCGCCGCAACUCCUCCACCGCCUUCCUCCCUCACAAUCAUCACCACCACCUCGCCGCCGACCUCGAGGACCAGAAGAUCCGCCGCAUGCGGCGGGCGCUCGACUCCUCCGACGUCGAGCUCGUCAAGCUCAUGGUCAUGGGGGAAGGCCUCAACCUCGACGAGGCCCUCGCGCUCCACUACGCCGUCGAGAAUUGCAGCCGCGAGGUCGUGAAGGCGUUGCUCGAGCUCGGGGCCGCCGACGUCAACUACCCCGCGGGGCCCGCGGGGAAGACGCCGCUCCACGUGGCGGCGGAGAUGGUGUCGCCCGACAUGGUGGCGGUUCUCCUCGACCACCACGCGGAUCCCAACGUGAGGACCGUGGACGGGGUGACGCCGUUGGAUGUGUUGAGAACCCUAACCUCGGAUUUCUUGUUCAAGGGGGCGGUCCCCGGGCUGGCCCACAUCGAGCCGAACAAGCUCCGGCUCUGCCUCGAGCUCGUGCAGUCCGCGGCGUUGGUCAUUUCGAGGGAGGAAGGGAACGACGGUGGCGGUGGUUCGAAUGCGAGUAUUUAUCAACAGGGUGGUGGUGGCAGCAGUGGCGGAGGCGGGAAUCUGAAUCUGGACUCGAGGUUGGUUUACUUGAAUUUGGGCGCACCGAUGGGAUCUUCGUCGGGGCAGAUGGGGAUGAAAGGGGAGGACGAGAAUCAGAAUCGAAACGACGCGACAAUGUACCAUCAUCAACAACAUCAUCAGCAUCACCACCACCACCACUUUCAGUAGUAAUGCUAGUAGGAAGAAGUAUUAGUAGUUUCGAAAUUUGGUUUAUUAUUAAUCAUCUCCUUUCUCUACCCAACUUAAUGUGAUCUUGAUCAUGAUUCGAUCUCUUGCCUUGAUUAUGAUUGUUGUUACUUGAAAUGGUGUUUUUGGGGAUGGGAAAGAAAGGGGGAGGGGGGCAUGGAGAGACAUGAAUUCUUAUGAUCAUGAUUAUGAUAAUGUUACUCCAUGGAGAUUAGGAUUAUGAUCCUUUAAUUACUAUCAAUGUUGGUGGUUAAUUAUUAUGCUUUUGUUAUAGAUGAUGUUUAAUCUCUUGAUUUGGUGUCUCUUUAUUAAUG